AUGCGAUCCCUUCACACUUUCCUAGUUGCCCUACUGGCCAUCCCAGCAACAAGUAAAUACAUUGUUCCAGGAGGCAGAUGGCAUGAUACAAACGGGAGUGUGAUCAACGCGCAUGGGGCCGGAAUCACUUUCGACCAGAAAUCAGGCCGCUUUUGGUGGUUUGGCGAAUACAAAACAGAAGACCACCCGGAGGGAGGCGGUGUAUCUGUUUACAGCUCUGACAACCUGAGCACUUGGACUUCGGGAGGAAUGGCAUUAGCUCCGAUUGAGGGACAUCCAUAUAUCUCUCCUGAGAAUGUCAUUCAACGACCCAAGGUGGCCUAUAGUGCCGAAACGGACGACUAUCAUAUGUGGUGGCAUGCCGACAACUCCACUUAUGGACUUCUUCUUCAAGGGCACGCGGUAUCCGACACGAUCAAUGGGCCGUACACAUUUGUGGACGCGGUCGCACCGCUAGGAAACUGGUCUCAGGAUUUCGGCAUGUUCACUGAUUACAAAGAUGGCCGAUCUUAUGCUCUUUAUUCCAACGGCGACAGUGCAAAUGGACGAGAUGUUUACAUUUCAAGCAUCAACAGCAAUCUCACGGCACUUGAAAAACCUAUCUAUCGGUUCCCAAAGUUCGAUCUCGAGGCACCGACAAUUUUGCAGACAGACAAAAGUUACUGGGCAUUGAUGAGCCACAAGACAGGAUAUAGGCCCAAUAAUGUGGUGGCAUUCCGGGCCGAUUCUUUGAUUGGACCUUGGUCUCAACCAUUCAUUGUCGCACCACUAAACACGCGUACUUUCAAUUCACAGUCUACUUUCACUCUCCAAAUAUCCGGAACAAAAAAGACCACACACCUAUACAUUGGAGACCAGUGGGACUCGAACUCUGUCUGGGAUAGUCGCUAUAUCUGGUUGCCAAUUCAGAUCGACGAGGAAAAGAAGACACUCAGCCUAGAUUGGUACGAUGUUUAUGAUCUCAACGUGAAAACCGGAGAAUGGACACCUAUCAAGGGAAAAUCUUACAGCGCAAAGAAUGCCAAGACGAAGGGCGACGCCUAUAAGCAGGAGGCUAAUUUCGCUACUGAUGAUGUCAUUCUCACGGGGAUUUAUGGAAACGACAGUACCGUUACUUUCGAAAAUGUCGAGGGCGAUGGAAAGCCACAAUGGGUCUCAUUCUACUACCAAACGGGAGGCACCCCAGAUCGAAUCGGUGGCUCAUGGCAGCUCCGCCGAGUGAGCAGCGUUAUAGUCAACGGAGAUCCGUCAACGACUCAAACCUUGUACCAGAGGGACACCCAUAAAGGAAUUAUUCUCUCCACUCCUCUGCAGCUGACGCUGAAGAAGGGAAAAAAGAAUACCAUUUCUGUCGGGGGUCUAUACAACGGGUUCGAUUACAAAGGCGCUGAUUUGGAUCGGAUAGUUGUGUAUCCCGCAGAGGAGUAA